UAUUAGUCAUGUUUGCAAAAUUUCACGGUGUCUGUUUUACAAGUUUAUUCGUAAGAAUCUAAGAAAAAGUGAUGGCCGACCGUGUGGGUAUCGGGAAGACGUUGUGCAUGGUGCACGGUAACGUGAAGCAUACCAGUAUGGAGGGAACAAGCAAAUUCAAGACCGGUAACCUAGAGCUUGCUGUAUCAGAAUCUGGCCAGGUUGUGUGUAUUGUCAACUACGCCAUUGGACCCUCUAAAAAGUUUGUGUUGACCAAUCAGAUCAAGGGUAUCAUAACCAAUCAGCAGCGCUGUGUCAUUAACCUUAAGAAUGGCACCAACAUCAACUAUCGCAAUAACAACAAGGAGAUAGUUGACGACUUUAUCCAAAUCCUUGAAGAAUUGAAGCUGAACAAAAAAGAGUCGAGGCAUUCUACGACAACAGUGAUGGGAAUUCAUUCUACUCCAAACGGGCAGGCGUUCUCGCCGGUUAAACAGAGUCCAGGAAAUUCACAAAAAACCAGACAGAGGACCAAACUUGGCCCUGUUACGCCAAGAAGUUCACUAAAGUUCACACCAAAGAAGAGUCCCAUGUCAACACCUGCAAGGACUUCCCCCAACCCGAUGACGACGCCCAGUCAUCUUCGCUCCAUCAUCGGGUGUUCUGCUGCUGCCGAGGACGCAAUCUUCAAUAUCAAGGAUGAGGAUGACAGCGAUGGGGGCAAGGUGGAGCACUCGCCACUGCUCUUUACUGACAUGCCCUAUGGUGGUAAGGAAAAUGUUGGACAUCAGAAUUAUAGGAUUCCAAAGUACAGUGAACGGCAAAAGAGCGCCUUCCAGAUGCGCAAGGAGGAAGGGGGGUCGGUCUUCAUGGCCUCAUUCCAAGAGAAACAACUGCUACUUGAGGAGAGGAAAGAAAACACUGCCCCCAAGCCAGUUUCCAAUGCAUCAGCUUUCUACAGUAGAGGGCGCCAGAUUGCUGGUUACUCUGCCACGGAUGCAUUGCUACAAUCAAGGCAAACCAACUCUAACGUCACGGUAAAGCGUACCCCUGGAUUCCUGAGCAUCUCUAACUCAAAGAGGUUGUACCCGAUCACAAGCUACCCCGGCUGGAGGCAGAAGAGCAUCCCCACAGCAGUCAAGACGUCUCAGAUCAGUCUACAAGGAUUCUCAAAUCUUGGUAAUACGUGUUACAUGAACGCCAUUCUCCAGUCGCUAUUCUGUCUGGAAUGCUUCACUGCAGACAUGCAGAAUCAAGACAUCAUUCCACUCAUGCAGAAAUCAAGUCUCUACUGGGCCUUAGCUCAAUUGCUAUGCGCCAAGCAGAGCAAUCACUCAGCGGAGAGCAUUGGGGUGUAUCUACGUAAAGUGAAGCAAGCUAUCUCCACAACGGCAGCUCGAUUCUCUGGAUUUAUGCAACACGAUGCGCAAGAGUUCCUCUGUCAGUGCCUGGAUCAACUCAAAGACGACACCGAAAGGGCCAACAAGAGGGCGCUAAACUCCCCCUUGGACGAGACCCCAGGGACGGAUGAUGAUAAAAUGAAACUGAGGUCUCGCUAUCCGCACGACUGCCCGAUUGUCAAGAACUUUGAAUUUGAAGUCAUGCACUCUAUCACCUGCAAGCAGUGCGGGGAGGUCGUGACCAAGGCGGAACAAUUCUACGAUCUCUCGCUGGACAUGCCCAGAAGGAGUCAUUCUAACCCGAUCGGGUCGAUCCAGACGGCGCUGGAGCAGUUCUUCAGAGAGGAGGGUAUAGAGUAUGCCUGCGGAGAAUGUGACUGCAAGCAGGCUAUAGUCACGCAUAAGUUCACUAAGCUACCAAGGGUAAUUAUCAUUCAUCUUAAGCGCUACAAAUUUGACGCUGACGCCUUCCAGUACUCCAAGCUCCGUCGUCGCAUCCUCAUACCCAGGUACUUGUCCGUCCACUACCACUGCACCAAGGAAACCCAGAGUCCAACCUCUCUCCCAAAGUCAUUAGUCAACGGGACGUCAUCUCCAAGGCCACAACAACUCAAUGCCGAGAGAACUCAAAGGUUGUCCCUCACAGCCCCGUCGACGAGGGAAUCUAAUUGGUCUGCAAGGAGCGAGUCGUUUAAGCCCUCGCGCUUCAGUUUUACGCCCACUGCGCCCUCAAGGAAGAGGCUGAACUAUGACGACAACAGUAAACAACCAAGGCAAACCAUUCUCCUGGAAAGUAACACAGACUCAGACGGUGACGAGACCAAAAAAGUCUUAGAGAUGAGUAAAAAAGAGUCGGAGAGAAAAAAGCGAGAAGCAGAUGAGAGGUUGCGGCUUGAGGAAGAAGAAUUGAAAAAGGUCCUUGAAGAAAGCAAGCAAGAAAUAGUUCACAGCAAGCCCAUUGCUGAGAUGUCCGAAGAGCAGCAACUGGAAUAUGCACUUGCCUUAAGUUCCAGAGACCUAGGAAGUCUCAACCAUCAAAAUGGGUUUGUCUCUCCCGAGGAUGACACAUCCAAGAUGACCGAAGACGUUUCGCACAAAAAGAGCAAUAAUGCCAAGGAUUUUGUUGAGAUUUCGGAGGAGUAUGAAGUUGUCUUGCCGAGUCUUAAAAGACGGGGGUCCGAGCAGGACAUCCUGCUUCAGGAACAUGGUGGCGGUGAUGGCGUUCACGUCGACUCACUGCAUAAUGCCUCAUGCUACAAACGGAGGAAAUCGGACAGCCAACCGUCCAAUCACAGCAGUCCAUCUGAGCACCCCCUGUCGGCGGGAGACAGUGGGAUCUGUUUCCAAGAGGAAGAGCUGAAAAUCGAAAGCAAUCGGACCCCGUCAUCCCGUGGACCUUUCCACGGGCUUAAGAAAACCAUCGUUAACUUGUUCUCGCCGAUCAAACAGAGUACAGAUGACAUUGCUGUGAAUCUUGACAGUAAUCAAACGGACACCCCUAAAUUCAGAGUGAACUCGAGUUUGGUUGAUUCCAAUUCAGCUGAUAUUAGUAGAGACGAGGAUGACAACACAUUGCAGAUAGGGGAGAGUGAUGGGCAGAGACCAAGCUAUGAAGAGCUUAAGGCCAAGGAGGAGGAGGAACUAAGGAAAGCUACUGAGCUUAGUUUACAAGAUGCUCAAGAAAUGGCAAAAGAAGAAGAAGAUGCACUGAAGCGGGCAAAGGAGAUCAGUUUACAAGAGUUUUCUGAGAGUUUUAGCAGUCAUGAGGACAAUGACCACGAACCUAUGGAGAUUGAUGAUGAUUCUGAUGAAACAUUGUCGACGGAACUCACUGAAAAUGCCGAGAAAGGUCAUCUGCCAUCUUCAUAUCGUCUGGUGAGUGUGGUUAGUCACAUGGGUAGCACCUCCUCCAUCGGUCACUAUAUCAGCGACGUUUACAACAGGACGAAAAACGGCUGGCUGAGUUACGAUGACUCGCAAGUCGUCCGAACAAGCGAGGCGGCAGUACGUGAGGAACGCGAAAGAUCUGGGUAUAUCUUCUUCUACAUUGCGAAGUCGUAGCCGUUUUUUCAUAAUUCACAGGGAUAACAUUUUAUUUAUUGCCAAAAACCGUCUGGAGCCGUCAAAGUGAGUCGUAGCAGAGCUGCCAACCCUUCCUGGUUCUGCAGAAAGUUUCAUGAAAAUAUUCCAUGUUCUGAUGAACAAAUUUGAAAAUCUCCAUGAUUCUGGAAACUGUUUUCCCGGUUAUGUUCAAUGUAGUUCUAAAUAUCUCUCUGAUUGGUGGACAAAAUCUCCCUAAUUACAAGAUGCAAAUGUUGCCAGGUCUGCUUUAGUUUUAAGACUGCAGUGCCUUAUUUUUAUUCGAGUUGCUGAAGAACAGAGUUGGUAAGCACAUGUUGUUUUGAUUAGCAGAAACAUGUUUUAGCAACCAAAAGGCAUUGUAAUGUCAAUCUUGGUACUAUAAAUGAUGCCUAAAUAAGUUUAGCAACACCUACUUUUUAAAAGCGUCUCUCGACUGAGCUGUCUAGGACUUUGAUUCUGAGUCCUGGGGCGGAUUGCAAUAAAACGGUCUUAGUCAGCAGUCUAAGACCAGUCAGUUAUAGCAGGCUAUCUGCCUUAGACGGU